AUGGCCGCCAUUAUUACUUUCGAGAAGGACGCUGUCAUGUCCCAGCUUCUGAAGCGUGAUGACGACAGGAACUGGGCCGCUAAGAACGUGGGCCCCAUGGUUGUCUUCUGCAUUGUCUUUGUUGUCGCUCUCCUUGUUAUCGGUGUCUACACCAACAAGUGGCUGACCGCCCGCAGAGAGCGCAGAGAGCGCAAGGCUGUUGCUUAA